AUGGCGUCUUCCCCGAGCAUGUUGACCAAGUUCGAGUCCAAGUCCUCGAGGGCCAAGGGCAUUGCCUUCCACCCCAAGAGACCCUGGAUUCUGGUCUCGCUGCACUCCUCCACCAUCCAGCUGUGGGACUACCGCAUGGGAACCCUCAUCGACCGCUUCGAAGAACACGACGGGCCCGUUCGCGGCGUCGACUUCCACAAGACCCAGCCACUAUUCGUGUCCGGUGGCGAUGACUACAAGAUCAAGGUCUGGUCCUAUCAGACUCGCCGAUGUCUCUUCACGCUGAACGGCCACUUGGACUACGUUCGAACCGUCUUCUUCCACCACGAGCUACCAUGGAUCUUGAGUAGUUCAGACGAUCAAACCAUCCGUAUCUGGAACUGGCAGAACCGCUCCCUCAUCUGCACCAUGACUGGCCACAACCACUACACAAUGUGCGCGCAGUUCCACCCGAAAGAAGACCUCAUUGUCUCCGCCUCGCUCGACCAGUCCGUUCGUGUUUGGGACAUCUCUGGUUUGAGGAAGAAGCACUCUGCGCCGACAUCCACGUCAUUUGAAGACCAAAUGGCCCGCUCGAACCAGAACCAGGCCGACAUGUUUGGCAACACAGACGCUGUUGUCAAGUUCGUCCUCGAGGGCCACGACCGAGGUGUGAACUGGGUCGCGUUCCACCCCACACUACCAUUGAUCAUUUCCGCCGGCGACGAUCGCCUCGUCAAGCUGUGGAGAAUGUCCGAGACAAAAGCUUGGGAAGUCGAUACAUGCAGAGGGCACUUCCAGAACGCAUCGGCAUGCCUGUUCCACCCACACCAGGACCUAAUCCUGUCAGUAGGCGAAGACAAGACCAUCCGCGUAUGGGAUCUUAACAGGAGAACAUCCGUCCAGUCUUUCAAGAGGGAAAACGAUCGCUUCUGGGUCAUCGCGGCGCAUCCAGAGAUCAACUUGUUCGCUGCUGGUCACGACAACGGUGUCAUGGUGUUCAAGCUGGAGCGAGAGCGCCCAGCGUCUGCUGUCUACCAGAACAACCUCUUCUACAUCACCAAGGAGAAACACAUUCGAUCGUAUGACUUCCAGAAGAACCUCGAGUCCCCAUCAAUGCUCUCGUUGAAGAAGCUUGGUAGCCCGUGGACACCGCCACGGACAAUAUCCUACAACCCUGCUGAACGCUCCAUCUUGGUCACAUCGCCCGCAGACAGCGGCACGUAUGAACUGAUCAGCCUCCCGCGUGACGCCUCGGGAGCAGUGGAACCCACUGACACGAAGCGCGGCUCUGGAACCUCUGCAGUUUUCGUGGCGAGGAACAGGUUCGCCGUCUUCAACCAAGCUAACCAGCAGAUCGACAUCAAGGACCUCUCCAACGCCACGACAAAGACAAUCAAACCUCCUCAUGGCACGACAGACAUCUACUUUGGUGGCACUGGCAACCUGCUCCUCAUCGCCCCCACCACUGUUGUACUGUACGAUAUCCAGGCCAAGAAGAACCUUGCGGAACUUGCCGUUGCCGGCGUCAAGUACGUCGUCUGGUCCUCAGACGGGCUGCACGUAGCCCUCCUGAGCAAGCACAAUGUUACAAUCGCCACCAAGAACCUCGACCAAGUCAGCACGCUUCACGAGACGAUUCGCAUCAAGAGCGCUACCUGGGACGAUACCGGCGUACUCCUUUACUCGACCUUGAACCAUAUCAAGUACAGCUUGAUGAACGGCGACAACGGUAUCGUUCGAACCUUGGAACACACCGUGUAUCUUGUUAGGGUCAAGGGCCGCAACAUCUACUGCUUGGACAGAGCCGCGAAGCCAAAGAUCCUUCAAAUCGACCCAACAGAGUACCGGUUCAAGCUCGCCCUUGUGAAGCGAAACUACGAUGAAAUGCUCAACAUCAUUAAGACGUCUAGUCUUGUUGGUCAGAGCAUCAUCUCGUACCUGCAGAAGAAGGGUUACCCUGAGAUCGCCCUUCAAUUCGUUCAGGACCCGCAAACACGCUUCGAGCUCGCCAUCGAAUGUGGCAACCUUGAGGUUGCAGUAGAGAUGGCCAAGCAGCUCGACCGUCCUAAGCUUUGGCAGCGACUUAGCACCGAGGCCCUCGCACACGGUAACCAUCAAAUAGUAGAGAUGACAUACCAGAAGCUGCGAAACUUCGACAAGCUGUCCUUCCUGUACCUUGCAACAGGUGACCAAGACAAGCUGAAGCGUAUGGCUAAGAUUGCUGAACACCGCGGAGACAUGACCGCACGCUUCCAGAACGCGCUCUACAUGGGCGAUGUUCAGAACAGGAUAGAGAUGUUCCAGGAGAUCGACCUCUAUCCGUUGGCUUAUGCUACUGCCAAGGCCCACGGUCUUGACGAGCAAGCGCAGUCCAUUCUUGAAGCAGCUGGUGUUACCGAAGACCAGAUCAGCGUGCCCUCAACAGGCAACCCUCUUGCGCCACCAAAGCCGAUCGUCCCAACCUUCAAAGCAAACUGGCCCACACGUGCAGCAUCCUCGAGCGUUUUCGAGAAGGCUCUCGCUGGCGAGAUCGAGGGUGUUGGCGAGGAGGAGCCGGCGGCCAACGGAUAUGGUGAUGAAGAUCUGCUCGGUGAACCAGAGGCUGCUGGCGCCACGGCUGAGCUCGGUGGCGAUGAGGACGAUGACGUCGGUGGCUGGGACAUGGGCGACGAUGGCGAUGUCGAGGCAGAAGACGAGUUCGUCGAGGUCGAGGGCGCUGAAGCAGGCGCUGGCAGCAGCGAGGCUGAUCUGUGGGCGCGCAACUCGCCACUGGCGGCCGACCACAUUGCUGCAGGGUCCUUUGAAACUGCCAUGCAGUUGCUGAACAGGCAGGUUGGCGCUGUCAACUUCGCUCCUCUUGAAGACCGCUUCCAGGAGAUCUACCAAGCCACACGAACCUUCCUUCCCGCUACACCCAACACGCCCUCUCUCGUCAACUACGUACGGAGAACAGUCGCCGAGACAGACUCACGAAAGAUCCUGCCUAUCAUCCCGCGGGACCUCGAGUCUGUUCUAUCAUCUGACUUGGCAGCCGGCAAGCAGGCAUUACUCAAGAACCAGCUUCCGGAUGGUGUUGCUGCUUUCAAGAGGUUACUUCACCUCUUGAUCAUCAACGUUGUCGCAUCGCAAGCAGAGCUGACCGAGGCGAAGAAAGCGAUACACACUGCCGCCCAAUACACGCUUGCUAUGUCCAUCGAGCUCGAGCGCCGUGCGCUCACGAAAGGCGCCACUGAUAUCUCUAGCCUAUCCGACGAUGACAAGAAGCGUGCUCUGGAACUGUCUGCCUACUUCACUGUUCCCGAGCUGGAGGGAGCUCACAAGUCCCUUCCUCUCUCCGCGGCCAUGAACUUUGCCCACAAGAACAAGCAGCUCAACACCGCGCUAAACUUCGCCAACGCUCUGCUCGACAGGACCGGCAACGCAAAGAUGAAGGAGUCUGCCAAGCGCGUCAAGACGGUCGCCGAGAGGAAUCCCGCUGACGGAAUUGAGAUCGACUUUGACCAAUUCGCCGACUUUGAGAUCUGCGCUGCUAGCCACACACCCAUUUACGGUGGCAGCCCGUCGGUUGCAUGUCCCUACGACGGCUCGAAGUACCACGGCAAAUACAAGGGCACCGUGUGCAAGAUUUGCGAAGUGUGCCAGAUUGGCGCCCCUGCGAGUGGCCUAAGGCUGGUUGGUUGA